AUAACAUGAAUGUAGACGUCAGACUGAUUAGCGGCGAUAAGAUCUCGCGAGGUUUUCUCGUCUGAGCUCGGUCAUAGCUGUGGGUGGAGACUUCUCCAGCAGCUGGGUUAAUGCUCGCAGAAUACGCGCGACAGAGUCGAAUUUGCGCUACGUAGCGAUAAAAUUAAGCCGACAUGCGAUCUGUUAAUAACAAUGGUGAAUGAACACAUCGUGUAUUUAGCUUAACAACCUCGCAAAUGCUGCGUUUGUACGAUGUAAAGUUGUAAAUGGUCAUUGGCACUGGUUUGCUGGAGCUGCUGUUGAAACAGUGUAUCCGCAGUGAAUUAACAUCACUUCGUCCUGGCUCACCUUUCCCACAGGUGGAGCAUGAGUGUGUGGUCGGAGUCCUGCUGCGAUGCGUGCUAUUGGGUGUAGGAUGAACCUGCCAGCAGUGUUAAAUGGCCUGCUGGUGUCAGUGGUGGCAGCCUUGCUUUGGAAAUACGUUCGACUGAUUGAACACACAUCACAGUUGGAAGAGGAGCUACAGCUUACACGCCAAUCACAGGAGUUCUCACAAGUGCGUAUCGACUACCACGGUGCCCUGUUAGCACUCCAAGAGCAUGGCACCAGAAUGGUCUGCACUGGCAAGAUGCACACCGAUCGCAUCUGCCGCUUUGACUACCUCUGCUACUGCACAGAGGCUGAGGAGUUUGUAUUCUUCCACAGUAAUGCAUCUGUGAUGCUGCCCAACCUUGGCCCUCGGCGUUUCCAGCCCGCCCUGCUGGACCUCUCGUCUGUAGAAGACCACAACACUCAAUACUUUAACUUUCUCGAGCUCCCGGCAGCGGCUCUGAAGUUCAUGCCGAAACCUGUGUUUGUGCCAGAUGUCACUCUAAUUCUGAACCGUUUUAACCCAGACAACCUCAUGCACAUUUUCCAUGAUGAUCUCUUGCCCAUCUACUACACCAUGCAGCAGUAUUCAGACUUGGAUGAUGAGGCCAGGCUCGUCUUCAUGGAGGGAUGGAGUGAAGGGGCUCACUUCGAUCUCUACCGCUUGCUCAGCAGUAAGCAACCACUUCUCAAGGAGCAGUUGAAGACCUUUGGCAAACUCAUGUGUUUCACCAAGUCCUACGUUGGAUUGUCAAAGAUGACAACAUGGUACCAAUAUGGCUUUGUGCAACCGCAAGGACCCAAAGCCAACAUUCUGAUUUCAGGUAACGAGAUCCGCCAGUUUGCAUCAUUUUUGAUGGAGAGGCUUAACAUCACGCGAGAGGGGGGCGAUGACUACAUUGUAGUUUUUAAGCGUACCACUAACAGGCUCAUCCUCAAUGAGGCGGAACUACUUCUGGCUUUAGCCCAGGAGUUUCAGAUGAGGACUGUCACUGUGUCUUUGGAGGAGCAGUCAUUUGAUAGCAUUAUCCAAAUUAUUAGUGGGGCAACUAUGUUGGCCAGCAUGCACGGAGCCCAGAUGAUCACCUCCAUGUUCUUGCCCCGUGGUGCCGCUGUGGUUGAACUCUUCCCGUAUGGUAUAAACCCAGAGCAGUAUUCUCCCUACAAAACCUUGGCCUCCUUACCUGGCAUGGACAUUCAGUAUGUUGCAUGGAGAAAUACCAUGGAAGAGAACACUGUUACACAUCCCGAUCGCCCCUGGGAUCAGGGUGGCAUCAUCCACCUUGAGAAGGAGGAACAAGAACGUAUCCUUGCCAGCAAGGAGGUGCCAAGGCAUCUUUGUUGUCGUAAUCCAGAGUGGCUUUUCCGCAUUUACCAGGACACUACUGUGGACAUUGCCUCUUUUCUGGACGUACUCAGAGAAACUCUAAAAAAGCCUAAUUUGAAAAAGACCAAGGUGGCUAGCACUGUGCAUCCUGGUCGAGUCAGAGAGCCCAAGUGCCAGACGUCAGUACAGGCCACCAAUGAAGCAAAGCUCUCAGUGUCAUGGCAGAUCCCUUGGAACCUGAAGUACCUGAAGGUUAAAGAGGUGAAAUAUGAGGUAUGGAUCCAGGAGCAGGGAGAGAACACAUAUAUGCCUUACAUUCUGCCCCAUCAGAAUUACACCUUCUCGGAAAACAUCAAACCCUUUACCACAUAUUUAGUAUGGGUACGCUGUAUCUUCAACAAGAACCUCUUGGGCCCAUUUGCAGAUGUUCUUAUAUGUAAAACUUGAUUCUUUAAUCAGGUUAGAAGUAACAUUGUCACUGUCAGCUGGCAAAGAAUUAAUUUGAAGAGUAAUUCUCAGGAGCCAUCCUGAAAAUUAAAAGGUGUGACUUGGCUGAAUUGUUUUUGGACUCGGUUGUCACUCUUGUGACUUGAUUGUUCUUCAUGGUCCUUAUGGAGUGUCAUGAACUGACAGAGAACGAACGGCCAGACUGCAAUGAAAGUUAGAAGAGAAUGCAGUUUACAGAACUGCCCGUUCUUUUAGUUCCUACCAUCAUCCAAGCAAAGUUCUCAAUGACUUUAUUUAUCAGAAAUGUAAUGCAUAAUUUAAAUUUAUAUUUAUAAGUCCAAGACACUGGUUUUGUCUGCCACCUGCUUUGGUUAACUAAAAUAAUGCACAAAUUUCUGUGGCUUAAGCAACAUGAUAUGAAUUUUAUGUGACUUUGUGAGUGUGCCCUUAUCUUGCCCAAGGUUUUGCAUUGUGUUUGUCAUUGACUUUAGUUAUGAAGAAGCAUUUUAUUUGGGUGUAGAAAUUAGUAUUAAAUACCUGCAAGAAGGUAGAAGAAAACUCGAAAGUGAACUUUAAGAUGAACAUUAUACUAUUUUAAAAACAGGCUGCUUUUGUGUGUAUUAACUAUAGUUUUGCUGCUGCAGUGUUGAUGUUCUCCUUUUUUAACCAGCCUCAAAACCACUGAUUAUUAUCUACCUGUUCAAUGGGAAAUGUUUGAAUUUGUUUGCCAGUGAGAUCUAUCAAAUCACAUCACAGACAGAAGACUUAGAUAUUCAAGUCAGUAGUACAUUUGAUGACUGGGGUGAAGUAGUUUAAGAUAGUGUCCUGAAAUUUGAGUCUCUUUUUUUUUUGUUGGUGGCAUGUCAGUAAUUACUUCUAUGUUAAGUAAGUUGGAACCACUGUGUUAAGCAAGCUAGUGUGUUUGGUGAUAACAGCAUAGUGGGCUAGUAGCCCAAAGAAAAUAGGUUCAAACAUGGGAAAAGCCGGUUCAUGAACUGUAGGCAUUGAUAAAUGGCAAGUAGAGGAGUAACAGUACAAACCUUUUAUGACUGCAUAAGCCUUACAGAAUGCAAUAUUAAAGAUUUGAAGAUAUAUAUUUAUGUGUAAAAAAAAAAAAAAAAAACUGUUUAGAUGUGCUUCCUAUCCUGCCAUUCAACAAAUGAACUUAAAACAGUAUCUAUAUCUGCUUUAGAGAAGGACAGUGCCAAAUUUUUUUUUUUUAAAGAUGCUUUUAUGCAUAUCCUUUAUAUGUCUCAUCUGCAUUUCUGCAAAGAUAAGCUGGGUUGUGCUUAUUAAGCAGAUGGAAACAUGUACUUUAUCUUAGCCAAUUAUUUAUUGAAGACGACUCUGAAAUGCUAUACGUACUGUAGCCCAGAUUUGUUCAAAGUUGCACUGUGUUUCAAUUUUCUUUCACUGCUAUGAUCAAUGAAUGGAGCAUGAGAAAUUCAACAACCAACCACAAGCUUUGUUUCUGUUUUGCUCUGAAUGGCCUGUCAAGUCAUCUGUAUUGUUUUGUUUCCCCCCUCAGUGAGAUUGUAUUCUGUCCUUCGCUUCGCGGACAUGCUGCAUCACAUGGAAGUGGAUUUAAAUGAAGCUAAAAACAGAUUAAACCAAGAACAUUUCUAAUUGAAAUUCGCAAACGGCAAACCUCAGCCAUGCAGUUUAUUAGCAUAACUCUGUGUUUCAAUGGUAAUUGUAUUCAAGUAUGAGGAUAAUAAAUGAAUUCUGUUUGUAAUACAAAAUAGCAGAAAUGUCCUUUGCAUAUAAUCAGAGAGAAAACCUUGCAUGGAAAUCUUUGAGAGGCAAAUGUUCAUGGUUGGAAACUUUUCUCAUUUCUCAUUCUCCCAUUUUAAUAAUUAGAUAAUAGUUUUCAACAUAGAAACAGAAAACCACUCUGUUCCCUGUGCCAGUUCAUGAGAUUUACCAUUAUGUGCCACUGGAAUGUCAUACAUCAUUUUUGUCACUUUUAAUAAAUGUACAAUUUCUCAGA